UUCUCAGUGAGGAGAUGGCGGCUAUCUCUCUCACUCAACUCCUCCAAAACUUCGCCAAUGGGUUCGCACAUAUUUUUGCUCGUGUAAGUGGACAUAUGCAUAAAAAGAUGGCUCUUGUGAGUAGAUAUGGGCAUAAAAUCAUCGUCUUCCAUCUGAGCCCCUUCUGGAUUCAGCUUUCUUAUUUUGUUUCUCUUGCCAUGCUGGGUUCUCUGAUCAUGAUGAAACUCAAGCCAAGUAACCCUGCCUUCAGUCCUAGCUACGUCGACAUGUUAUUCAUGUCCACAUCUGCAGUGACGCUCGCAAGUCUUGGGAGCGUCGAGAUGGAGAAUUUCUCAAGUUCUCAAAUCGUCGUCCUCACCCUUCUCAUGUUCUUAGGAGGGGAGAUAUUCGUUAGCCUGAUCGGCCUUCUGCUGAGAAUUAAAGAUGAUGGGUAUGGCGGCAUUAAUCCAGACACUGCUCAUAAUAGAGUUGAUCCAGUCGUGCCUGAACUCAACCCUAUGGAUCCUUCAAAUGCCAUCGAUUGCGUCGAGGUGGGUCCUACAAUUAUAUGUUCGGAAACUUCUCUGAGUGAUGGCAAGGAUUUGAGGCUUCGUUCCGUACGAUAUUUGGGUCAUGUGUUGUGGUUUUAUCUUCUUCUGAUUCAUGUCACCGGCUCUCUAUCGAUUUUAUCCUACAUAGCUUCUGUUACAAGCGCAUGGGAUGUGUUAAAGAGAAAGGGGAUUAAUGUUUUCCUCUUCUCCUUGUCUACUACCGUUUCUUCAUUUGCGAAUGCGGGCUUCAUACCGACAAACGAGAACAUGGCGAUCUUCAAAGUGAACCCAGGUCUCCUACUACUAAUAAUUCCUCAAAUUCUCGCCGGCAAUACGCUGUUUCCUCUGUUCCUCAGAUUGGUGAUAUGGGCCUUGAGGAGGUGCACUGGAGCUGCAGAAUUCGAGUAUCUGUUGAAGAAUUAUUCAAGAGAGAUCGGCUUCCGUCAUUUGCUUCCUAACUUAUUGCGAACUGCUUUCUUGUCUCUCACUGUUCUUUCAUUUACAGCAACCAUGGUUGUGCUUUUUUGCUCCCUCGACUGGAAUUCGUCGGUAUUCGAUGGAUUGAAUUCUUAUCAGAAAAUCAUCAAUGCAUUAUUUAUGGCAGUGAAUACCAGGCAUGCCGGUGAAAACUCCAUCGAUGUCUCCCUCGUCUCUCCAGCAGUUCUGGUGUUCUUCAUCGUUAUGAUGUACCUUCCAUCUUCCACAACAUUUUUACCCGUUCAAGAGGAUGAUACAAGCUCCGCGGGAAAUAAGAAAAACAAUCGAAGAAGACGGUUAGUGGACAACAUAAUAUUAUCACCUCUAUCCUACAUCGUCAUCUUCAUCAUUGCCAUCUGCAUCAUUGAGAGAAGGAAUCUAUCCAGCGAUCCACUCAACUUCUCCGCUUUGAACAUAACCUUCGAAGUGAUGAGUGCAUAUGGAACUGUGGGGCUCUCAACGGGCUAUAGCUGUGCACGAUUGCUGCAACUACAUCCUGAUGUCAAAUGCCAAGACAAGUUAUAUAGUUUUGUUGGGGCAUGGAGUGAUGAAGGGAAGCUGAUUUUGGCUUUCGUCAUGCUUUAUGGAAGGCUUAAGAAGUUCAGCUUGAAAGGUGGUAAAGCUUGGAGGAUAAUUUAAGCUAUGAUCUCCACAUGCAUUUCCUCUUUCCCACAGACGAUCGAAGAAGAUCCGCACAGAGAAUGGCCCAGAGGUAUUGAAUUGUGGAAAAGCCAGCAAACUCUACCAGAAGAAUAUUUUUUCUUGGUAGGCCCAGUCACUGUGCAGAGUACAUCCGCGAGUGCCCGGACGAUCACCCAAGUAGUGUUCGGAUGGCACCAAUUGCAUUGAAUGUACUAGAGAACAACCAAGAUGGAAGGUUAAAGAAACAGGGCAACGGAUGCUCUUUCCGGUGCACUCAGCUGACAUCAUAAUCGAUUGACCGGUCUACCCUCUAAAUUCAACAACUUUUUUCUUUUUUCUUUUUUAAAAAAAAAAAAUCUGAGAGAAGUCCAAAGUGUCUGUACAUUGUAAUGUUUCCAAGCAUGUGAAUGAAUUGCAAGAUUCACAAC